AUGGACGAUCUGCAGCAAUUCUAUGAUUUCUAUGCAAAAGGAAUCCAAAACCGAUGGGAAGAAGAUACACCCCCUGUUCGCCUUAGUCUUCCCGGAUAUGAAGAUAGUUUGGCUAAAACAAUUGUUGAACGCCUGGAGCAGGCAUGGCCUCCAGCACGCAAAAGAACAUCCGUUACUAUACUGAAAUUUGCGGCCGCCCCUUCGUGA